AUGGCGCCAAUUCCUGAUCAGCUAAUCAAUACGUAUGAGUUGGGUCCCGACAAGGAAAGAGUCCAGCAUGAAGUAUCUGUUGCGAGAACAGGAGAGAAAGUAAUUCAAAUACUCUCAACUGAAGAAUUGAUCCAGCAGCAUCUACAAAAUAUUCAUCAUAUAGACGAGUGCUCGCGGGAUUCUAAUACAAGAUGGGCGAAACAAAUCACAAUACCCAAUGCAUAUGCACCCUCGAUGGUACCGCUCGAGAAGUUGCAGCAGAUCCCGCUGUCAGCUCUUGCACUCGAGACGCAUCAUCGCGGAUCAUUCAUCACAGCUUCCACAAUCACACCCGCAUAUCAAUUCUCGACCACUACCACGCUCGUUCAAGAUGCUUCAAAUACAGUCGCUGUACUAGUGCUUGGAUUUCAAGACGACUCGGUCACUCCAAUCCCUCAAAAUAGCACUGUGGCGAUCAAAGAACCAUAUGUAAAAUACCACGAAUCGGCGGGAUGGAUAAUAAGAGUUGACCAUCCAAGUGAUAUCGCAGUUUUGAGGGGAGAUGAUCCCGCUGUAACGAUGAUUAUGAAGUUUGUAAAGGAAAAAAGAGAUGUGUCGGGCGAGGAGUGGAGGAAGCAGGGUGAUGGUGCUUUUUUGGAGGGGAAGUUUGGUAGUGCUGUUGAGUGUUACACACAAGCACUGAGUGAUAGUCUUUCCAAAGAAAAUCUUCACUCUAGCCAGGACGUUUACCGAAAACGCGCAUUCGCAAACCUGAUGUCUCAGAGAUAUCAACAAGCGAAAGAAGAUUCGUUGGCAUCAUGUUCCGGAACCGAUCUCGACGCAAAAGCAUACUUUACCGCUGGAAAGGCUUGUUAUGCAUUGCGGUCCUUUGUGGAAAGUAAGACAUACCUCGAAAAAGCGCUCGAGUUGAAUCCCAGUGAUAUGAAAGCACGCAAAGAACUUAAUCGUGUUUUGAUUAGGCUAGAGGAGCAUAAUACAGGAAAUUAUGAUUUUGCCAGGAUGAUUCAAGAACAAGAAAGCAAUAUUUGGCUGGACCAUGCCGAUUUUACGUCGAAAGUGGAAGUUCGACCCACCAAUUAUGCUGGCAGAGGUCUUUUCACGACGAAGGAUGUUGAGGGAGGGGAAUUGCUAAUGUGCGAGAAAGCGUUUUGUUUGCCGAAUCAGUACACGGGUGAUGAAGCGAGUGAUACUGUUUUAUUCAACUUCAACAACGGUACAAGAACUCAGAAAUCUGGACAAGCGUUGGUAUUUCAGAACCUCGUCCAGCAGUUGUAUAAAAAUCCGGAGAUUUCCAAAGUCUUUUACGAUCUGGAUAGCGGGAGCUAUGUCAGGAAUGGCGACGAAGGGAAAGUCGUGGAUGGAGUCCCAGUAGUUGAUGCCUUCCUUGUCGAAUCGAUCAGACUCAAAAAUUGUUUCUCCGCCCCAAAACUCUCGCGGAACCUUCUUAAGCGAAACUGUCCCGCUCACGAGACAAAUCUCACAACCGCAAUCUGGCACAAAGCAUCCUACACGAACCACUCAUGUGUACCGAAUUGCGGACGAGCUUUCAUCGGUGAUUUCAUGACUUUGCGAGCGCUGCAUGCAAUUCCAGCUGGCACAGAACUCACACACCAGUAUUCUGCGCCAGAUGCUAGUACAUUAUUUCGACGUGAGGCAUAUCUCUCGAAUUGGGAUUUUGAUUGCACGUGUCGGCUAUGCGCAGGAGAAAAGAAAAUUCCAGAUGAAAAUCAUGUCAAACGAACGGAAUUGGCGAAGAAAAUCAAGGCGGAAGCCAUGAAGUUCUCAGCAAACGGGCGGACGAUUUCGAUGACGAACGUCAAGGCCAUCGAGAAAAUGAUGAGGAAAUUGGAGGAUAUGUAUGAGCCAUCAAUCUAUGCUAGUCUCCCGAGACUUCUAUUGGUACAUCCGUCGAUUUGGUUGAUGGAAGCGAGUCGGAAAGCAAACAACACUUCGAAAAUGGUCAAGUUCGCGAUUGAAGUGCUGAAGAAUUUUGGGUUCGGAAGUAAGAUUGUUGAUGCGGUGAAUGAGAAGGUUGAGUUGGAUUGGGAAGGGGGAAUUGUGAACACCGAGGUGUUCAAUAGCUUGCGGAAUGCGGCUGAGGGGUAUGAUGAGUUGGGUAGGAGUGAGUUGGCGGAAGGGUGCAGGAGUGCGGCUCGGAGGAUGUACGUUGUGCUUGCUGGUUGCGAUGUUGGGAUUGAGAAGUUCUUUAGUGGCAAUUUGGACAACUAG